CAACGCUGGUACGCGUAGGCUCUCACAAUUCACAAAUCAAGAUCUUCUCUUCGUCCAACCACCAUCUAAAGUUGCACCUCUUGGACGAGCAAUGGCAGACCCGGUCGCAGCCCAGUCGGGCUUUCUGAAGAUGUACAUGUCAAACCACCCGGACACGCUCGUGGCGUACGCGAAGUGGUUUGGCAAGGUGCAGGAGCCCAUUGAGAAGGCGGAGAUGAGCGACAUAAAUACACAGAGCAUGACCCUGCUAUGCAAGAUGAAGUCGGGGGAGUUGCGCUCGGUGCGCGUGCCGAUCGACCCACCACUGGCGGGGUACCAUGAUGUGAAGCCGCGGCUGCUGGAGAUGAAGUCUAUUGCGCAGGAGAACCUGGGCAUGAUCAAGACACCCCGUCUGACCAAGUUCUACGUCCCCUUGACGAACUUCGCUAUCGGCACCCUCGUCGCUCUCAUCCCCACCAUUUCUGGUGCAUUCAUGCCGCCAGGUAGCACGUCUCCGCUGGCGCUGCCCGGGCAAUGGUUGCAGGGCUUCUUGGGACAGGGAUUGCUGCGGCUGGCAUUGGGGAUAUGCGCGGGGAUACACGCUUUGGAGUCGAUAUAUGCGUUCACGCUGUGUCGCAAACACCAGACGCCGUUCUUGGUUGGCGCUGCGUACAUCGCGUCAAAUUUCGUGUUGGGAUACCCCGUGCUGGCAAGCAUGCGCCAGCAGAUCCAGGAGGCACGAAUCAACUCUGUGAUGAAGGUCGAGUAGACGUAUAUACUUGUGGGUGCGUGUGGGUGCUCCGGGACAAAGUUACGGAUCAAGCCGAGCGAGGGCCGGAAUUCGAGAAGUUUGCGGGCUGUUU